CCCUCCACGACCAGGAAGAAGAAAGCGUUUCAUAGGGAUAAAAAAAGUCAAACGGAAAAAAGUUGAAAUAAACUCGGACCGAAUCGGGACUAUUUCCCCUCUUUCUUCUUCAUGGCCUGCCCACAUCACCACAAUUGGCAGCCGAUGCUUGCACAAACGUCUGCUCACCUUGGUUGUAGAACAUGUCUCGAAGAUUAGCCAGACCGCCGUGGCCCUGAGCAUAAGACUCAAUGUCAGUAGCUGCAAAGGGCUAAGCAGCCACAAGGAGAAGGAAGAGGCGCGAGGGGGGCACUUACAUGGGCGCUCAGGUGCACCGAGCUGGCGUGAGGGUCGUCCUCGUAUGUCUUGUCAUCGGGUGUCGGCUGUCGGUGGGGGGAUCCAUUCUUUAACCUUUUGCUGUCUUCUCGCAGCCCUCUCAGCUGCUACUCACCUGCACGGGCUUUUGGCGCGGCGAGGUGAUGCCAUUGGUACCUGGCGUCGUCAUUUUUUGCAAAGUUUCGCUUACUUGUGUUGCGUCGUGGUCUCGAAAGGACUGUCCUGCCUGAUGUGGGGGAAGGAGAAGGGUUGUGUUGUGAGUGGGAGCUGUGCGAAAGCCAGGAAAGGACAUAGAAACCAAUGCAAGCCACGCCCUUUGGACACGCGCGGCUUUACUCUUAUUCCCAACGAGGCCGUGCAUUCAUUCGUUCAUUCCCAUUUCCCCCCUCAUUUGCCCGUUGGAUGCUCGACCCUAGCUGCUCACCUGAUCAGCUCUUGUUGGAACGACUUUUUGUUGGUCAGGCGGUUGGGACAAUGUUGCGGGGAAGCAAGCCUUGAGCAGGCUGCGUUUAUAUUCCAGCGCCUGCCUCGAGUCACUAGCCGCUCGUUCGUCAAGGGAGACGCAACACUUCCCUCCACCGCGUCUAACACUUCAAUUGGCAGUAACUAGCUAGCUAUAUCACUAGUAGUAGUACAGCAGUGGACCCCGAUGCUCCCCUACCUGCGUGAAAGACGGGGCAGUGCUGUGGCAGAUGUGCUGCGUGGUGAUGCACCGCAAUUGAUAUUAACAUCUGGAACCCAACCCCGCAUUCAACCACACCUCGAUCUGUCUUCCCGAGCCACAAGAGGAGAGGGAAAAUAAACGUCGUGGCUACAUCGUCUGACAGGUCUGGAGGGGCCGUGCGCGCAA